AUGACAAGAAUUGUUCUUCUUUUUGUCCUCUUUAGUCUAAAUUACCAUUCACGUGCGGAUUUAAUAGCUGAUACCUGCAAGAAAUCUGAAUUUCCUGAUCUUUGCAAUUCAACUCUAAGAUCAGACCCUCGCAGUGCAAAGGCAGAUGCCAAAGGGCUUGCUCUUAUCAUGCUUGAAGUUGCACUUACUAAAGCUUCUACAACUUUCAAUCAAGUGAAAAAAUUACUUAGCAAGACAACAGAACCUGUUCUCAAAGAAUGUCUCUCCCUUUGCGCUCAUUUGUAUGAAUCAAUCAUCCAAGAAAUUCCUAAAGCCAUUCAGAAUGUGGGGUCAAAUAACAAUGAAGCUAUCCAUCAAGGAGAUUUGGCCAUUACUGAUGCUGACACUUGUGAAGGUAUAUUCAAUGAGGAACCUAAUAAGCGUAAAUCACCUUUCACGGCUAACAAUAUUGCUGUGCAACACCUAGUAGGAAUUGCUGAGGAUAUUUUAGCUUCGCUUAGUUAA